CCUCGAUCGCGUACUUAUUUAUAAAUAAUUUAUCGGAAGUGGCUCAGACAGAAGCACCUGUGCGUCAGACGGGCGAAGAUGCUGAGACGUUGCAUAUCCACUGCGGUGGCAUUUCUUUUAAUUGUGGCGGAUGCGACCGCGAUCCAGAACAAGUACUGCGAACUGAAUUGUGAUUAUGUUGUGAAUCUAUUUCCUCACACAGUUUGUGACAGAGACUUAGAAAAAUGUGGUCCUGGACAAUUAUGUGGUCCAGAUUUUCAAGUAAUUCCACUGAGCGACGCCGACAGACAAUACAUCUUGGACAUUCACAAUUAUUUAAGAAAUAAAGUAGCCUUGGGAUACGAAAAAAGAAAUAAACAACCUCCAGCCGCAAACAUGAACAUCAUGAAAUACAACAUGGAACUGGAAUACAUAGCUCAAUGCUGGGCAAACACUUGUAACGGGAAUCCAUUGAACCACGAUGUGUGUAGACGAACAGCCGAAUUUGAACACGUCGGACAAAACUUAGGUUUCAUCAAUAGUUCCCUAGCGGAAAUUGAUGUUGUUAAAGCUUUAAAACAAUUGAUCUUGCUUUGGUACGAUGAGGUAGCAAUUUAUAAGAAUGAGUGGGUUAACGUUACUGAAGAUAGACCAGAAUUUAAAGUGGGCCACUAUACACAAAUGUUGUGGGCGGAUACUAGAGAAAUAGGAUGUGCGACGUCGUUCUACACCACACAAUCAGGCGGCGAUAAAUGGCAUCAUUUGAUAUUGGUUUGCAAUUAUGGGCCAGGAGGGAACUAUUUGGGCUCCCCAGUUUACCAGAUCGGCGAACCGGGUUCGAACUGUCCGACAGGAACCAAGAGGAAUAAAAGAUUUAAGGGCCUGUGUGGAAUUGAGGAAAGUGUAAAGAAAGUGAGAAAGGAAUUCGAAGGAAGCGAAUUGAAAUUGAGUUUGAACAAUUUAUUUUCGUAGUUUUAUUGGUUUAUGCCGUCGAUUGGAUCUCAAAAUGUUAAUAAAGUUUGUAGACGCUUUUUAUUUAAUA